AGUAACAUUCCAACUGUCAAAGCGAGCGAAACAUGCGUGCCAAAAAAAUUGUAUCUGCAAGUGUGAAGCGCGGAUACGCGUAAGUGUAUGUAUAUGAGAAAAAAAGCAAAGAGCGAAGAAGCGCAGAAAAUAAACAAAAAACCAAAAAAAUUGCAGCAAAUUGUAUGCUAAAAGUUAAGAAAAUAUAUUAAAAUAAUACACAGUCACAGCUACAGUGUUAAGAUGCAAUCUCCGGGAUCCCCGCGAUGGUGCUGGCGCUAUCUGCGUCUGAGUUGUUGCCUCGCCGUGCUCAGUGCGCUGCUGCAGCACACGCUGGCGCUGCCCGAUGUCAUCAAAAUCGGUGGCCUAUUUCAUCCAACCGACGAUACACAGGAGUUGGCCUUUCGUCAGGCUGUCGAGCACAUCAACUCGGAUCGAUUAAUAUUGCCGCGCUCCAAGUUGGUGGCGCAAAUUGAGCGCAUCUCGCCGUUUGAUAGCUUCCAUGCGGGCAAAAGGGUUUGCGGCUUGUUGAACAUUGGCGUGGCAGCCAUAUUCGGGCCACAAUCCUCCAACACCGCAAGCCAUGUGCAAAGCAUCUGCGACAAUAUGGAGAUACCUCACUUGGAGAACCGUUGGGAUUACCGUUUGCGACGUGAAAGCUGCCUGGUGAACUUGUAUCCACAUCCAAAUACACUGGCCAAGGCUUAUGUGGAUAUCGUCAAGCAGUGGGAAUGGAAAACUUUCACAAUUAUCUAUGAGAACAAUGACGGCAUUGUACGGCUACAGGAGUUAAUCAAGGCGCAUGAUAACUCGCCGUAUCCGAUUACAGUGCGACAAUUGAGUUUAUCGGGGGAUUAUAGACCACUGCUGAAACAAAUCAAAAACUCCGCCGAAGCGCACAUCGUACUCGACUGUUCCAGCGAUAAAAUUUACGAAGUACUCAAGCAGGCACAACAAAUUGGCAUGAUGAGCGACUACCACAGUUACUUGAUUACCUCACUUGAUCUGCAUACCAUCAACCUAGACGAGUUCCGUUAUGGUGGUACGAAUAUAACCGGCUUUCGUCUGAUUAACGAAAAAGUCGUCUCGGAUGUGGUGCGUCAGUGGAGUUUCGACGAUAAGGGCCUACAGCGUUCAGCCAAUUUGAGUACGGUGAGGGCGGAAACUGCGCUGAUGUACGAUGCGGUACAUCUUUUCGCAAAAGCAUUACAUGAUUUGGACACCUCACAACAAAUCGAUAUACAUCCUAUUAGUUGUGAUGGUCAAAAUACGUGGCAGCAUGGUUUUAGUUUAAUCAACUAUAUGAAGAUCGUCGAAAUGAAAGGUCUAACAAAUGUGAUAAAAUUUGAUCAUCAAGGCUUUCGCACCGAUUUCGUGUUGGACAUUAUCGAAUUAGGGCCGAUGGGUAUACGCAAAAUUGGCACAUGGAAUUCAACACUGCCGGACGGUAUCAACUUUACGCGUACCUACAGCCAAAAACAGCGCGAAAUUGAAGCGAACUUGAAGAACAAAACGCUGACGAUCACAACAUUAUUGAGCAAUCCGUAUUGCAUGCGCAAAGAGUCAGCAGUGCCACUCACAGGCAAUGAUCAGUUUGAAGGUUAUGUUGUUGAUCUAAUACAUGAAAUCUCAAAGGCUUUGGGUUUCCAUUACAAAAUACAGUUAGUGCCAGAUGGCAGCUAUGGCAGUUUCAACAAACAAACUCUCGAAUGGAACGGCAUGAUACGCGAGCUGUUGGAGCAACGUGCCGAUCUUGCGGUCGCUGAUCUCACCAUCACCUUUGAGCGCGAACAGGCGGUAGACUUUACCAUGCCUUUCAUGAACCUGGGCGUCUCGGUGCUUUAUCGCAAACCCGUUAAACAACCGCCUAAUUUAUUUUCAUUCCUCUCACCGCUUUCUCUCGACGUUUGGAUUUACAUGGCUACGGCAUACUUGGGCGUUUCGGUGCUGCUGUUCAUUUUAGCGCGCUUUACACCGUACGAAUGGCCCGCAUAUUCUGAUGCUCAUGGCGAGAAAAUAGAAAGUCAGUUCACACUUAUGAAUUGCAUGUGGUUCGCCAUCGGUUCAUUAAUGCAGCAAGGAUGUGAUUUCUUGCCAAAAGCUUUAUCAACGCGAAUGGUAGCUGGCAUAUGGUGGUUCUUUACAUUGAUCAUGAUUUCAUCAUACACAGCUAAUUUGGCAGCCUUUCUCACUGUAGAGCGCAUGGAUUCGCCUAUCGAAAGCGCUGAGGAUUUGGCAAAACAGACGCGUAUAAAGUAUGGUGCAUUAAAAGGUGGCAGCACGGCAGCGUUUUUCAGAGAAUCGAAAAUAUCAACCUAUCAACGUAUGUGGUCAUUCAUGGAGUCCGCCCGGCCGUCUGUAUUCACCUCGACCAACGCCGAGGGUGUGGAGCGCGUGGCCAAAGGCAAAGGUUCAUAUGCUUUCCUCAUGGAAUCUACAUCCAUCGAAUAUGUGACUGAACGUAAUUGUGAGCUGACACAAGUCGGCGGCAUGUUGGACACCAAAGGUUAUGGUAUAGCAGCUCCACCGAAUUCCCCUUACCGUACCGCCAUCAAUGGCGUAAUACUCAAACUGCAGGAGGAAGGCAAAUUACACAUACUGAAAACCAAGUGGUGGAAGGAGAAACGUGGCGGUGGCAGUUGUCGCGUAGAGACAUCGAAAUCAUCAUCGGCGGCAAAUGAGUUGGGUCUGGCGAAUGUGGGCGGGGUGUUCGUCGUGCUAAUGGGCGGUAUGGGUGUGGCCUGUGUUAUUGCCGUGUGUGAAUUUGUGUGGAAAUCGCGAAAGGUCGCCGUCGAAGAGCGGCUAAGUGCGAUUUUGCACGAAUGAGAUUAAAUGCAGGAUGUGUGGGUUUAAAGUAGCAAUGAAGAGAGAGAGAGAGGGGAGGAUAUCAUGGCAUUAGAAAAGGUUUGAGUCAGUAAAAAUUCAGCGAAGAAUGGAAGAAUUAAUCAGUAUCGAUGUUUGAGUUGUGUAGCACGACUAGCUAUUAUUUGAACUUUAAGUUUUCUUCGAACAAAUUAACAUUAAAUUAAUUGAGGUUAGUUUAUAGCUUAGUAAAACAUAUAUGCAUAACAUAUAUACACAUAUAAAAUUUAAAAAAGUGUCAACUAUUUUAUAUGCGCGUACCAUAUGAGUAUUUUGUAUUAGUGCUAGAGUUAUCGUAACAUACACACACACACAUAUGCUGUAUACAUACAUACACAGCGCAAAAUGUAUUUACAUAUACAUAGAUAUUAUUUAUAGCGAUAAGUUAAUAUGCAUUUAAUAGUAAAAAAAAAUAAACAUAUUGGAAUUGUGCUGUAUCAUAAACAAAACGCCAAUCUUGUACACUUACCAUAUGCUAAUUUAAUUACUACAGUUAUAUAUUAUAUUAAUUAGCUGUAACUAGCCAAAGCGCAUCAAACACUCUAUUAAAUACGCACAAAAUUAUCCUAAACCCAUAAUCUACUUAUAAUCCUCAUAUCUAGAUCUAAUAAGCGUCAUAAAUCUACACUAACAAGGCUUUACAACCUCCUAAAACACUAAAAACUAUGCUUAUAACUGUAAUAAACCCUAUAUAUAAUAUAUACAAUACUGACUACAUACAUGCAUACAUACACACACGAGUAUAUAGUUUAUACAUAUGUACGUUUUUCCUUCAUCGAACCAAUUUAGCGAAUUACUCGUACACACGAAUUAUUAGUCGUAAGCGAUUUAAUUAUAACAAUGUAACCACAUAGAAAUUAGUAAUAAAUAAUAAACGAAAUGAAAAAACCUUACAAACAUACAUACAGACCACAUACUCGUACAUCCAUACCGUUAUAUAUACAUAUAUUGUACAUUUGUACAUACAGUUGCAUUGACACGAAAGGCAAUGCUCCGACGACUGCACAAAUGCAUCUGUACAAGUGAACGUGUACGUAUUUCUUAACACAAAUAAAAUACCAUGCAGAAAAAUAAAACCAAAUUUAGAAAAACAUAUCAUGAUAAUUACAACAGUGGAGAUAAAUUCGACUAAUUUCACAUUUUCAAUUAAGCAGGACUUUCCUAUAUCUAUGUACAUACAUAUAUACAUAUACUCGUAUGUAUAUAAACACGCCCAAAGCUUCUACAAGAAAAAUGGGCAACUCAUGUAGGAAAAACUUGCACUAGUGCGGACAAAAUGGUAGUUUCUAUGAGGAUCACUAAGUUCUAAUGUUUUUACCAAAAUUUAGAUUUUUUAAUACCUUAAAAACUUCGAAAGUCACUUUUACAAAUACAAUUAGUACGAGAUCUCAUAAAUCACUUAUCAGCCCUCGAAAAUAAUUUCAUAUAAAAUAUAAAAAGUAAGUAAAUGAUUUUGCUUUUAGUGUACAAUCCCUAUAGUCCUAUAAAUGUAGUGCUUUAAGCGCCUGAGUUUGAUUUUCAGUUUUGAUUUUUAUUACGCUUUAAAUUCAAAAAUUUAUUGAGCUUAGGCGAACACAAUCUAUAUGUUCGCGGUAGGACAUUAAGUUACAAGUAUAUCCAAGAGAAAAGCUUAGGGCGCACAUCUAGCAGGACAGCCGAAAGAACUUAGGAACUAAAAAAAGCUAAUCUAUCAAUAAUUUUCAAAUUUUAAUGGGUUUUUUAUACAUAUUUUACGAAUACACAAUAUAAUUUUUAAAGAAAAAAAUUAAAUAUUUUUCGAGUUACAUACGAUCUCCUACGGCGCUAAAACAAACGUCCACCACUCCUGCAGUGAAUCCGGCCUUCUCCGAGGAUGGUAGCCAAAAGCAACAUUCUCUCUAAAAGAUAUUGUCCGUACACUGAACUACGGUCGAUAAAAAAAAAUAAAAAUUUACAAAAUUCGGCAUUUAAAAAAAGUUUGACCAAAAAUUUUGUUAGUUUUUGGUCUGUCAAGAUUUGAUUUUUGUUCAGAUCAAAAAUAUGGUGGGUUAUAGCAUGGAGAACUAUAUACAGAACAUACAUGCAAUUUAAUAGUGAACGGUUUGAAAGAUAAACUUAUGGAGCUGACUGAACUGAGCGGCUGCACUUUAGAAGCAUGUAACUCAAAAGUUUUUAAAAUUAUCAUUUAAAAUUAUAGUAUGGUAUUUUUAAAGGUAUUGACUAUCGAAAUAUGCAAAAAUUAAAAAAUUUAUUUGUUCAACAUUUCGCAAAUUGCGUACCAGUGAGCUUUUGCUAGAAAAUACGGUGGUUGUGAAAGCAAUUCAAAACAGCUUUGGCAGCGAUUCCAUUAAUUUGAGAUAGCAUGUCUUGUGUCAUGAAAAGUAUGUGAACAGAUUCAUUUAAUAACUUCAGACUGUCAGAUACAUACUUGUAUGUCGAACAACAUUAUUUUAUGCUCAUCCAAAACAAGUUUGUACUCUUGAUUCGAACCAAUUGUGCCAAUGCUUUGAAAUUUAUAUACGAGUCUUUUGAACGUUAGGGUUAAUUACAAAACAUGUAGCUUUAAUAUGGUGAAGAAGCUACUAACUUGUCUACCUGUCCGGUAAUAAUAAAAACAGUUAAAUAAAC